AUGGAAACGCUUCCGUUUGCGCACUCGUCUGGCAGGGGCGGUGCUACUGGUAGUGGUAGUGGAACUGGAGGUGUGAGUGGGCUGUCUUCGCAUGGAUAUUCCGGUCUACCUUUCUCUUCGUCCGGCAGCGCAGCGGCAGGGUGGCCACAUACCGCCUCGGCGUCUGCGUCUGGGCAAAGCGGAGGUGCAAGUGUAAGUGGCGGUGCAGGGGGGCAUCACGCCUCCUCGGACGCAGCACAUGCGCGCGCCGUCGCGGGGCCACCGCCACCUCGACGACCGCGGGAGCUGGAAGGCUUCCGACGCGUGCGCGAGCUGAGCGAUCUGCGUCCAGACGUCGAGAAGGCCUCGAUCGGCAAGGGCCGGCGCGCAGAUCCAGCGGGCGAGUUCGUCAGUCCACUUAAGGCGCUGACGGCGUACCUGCACCACACGUACCACCUCGUCAACCCGUCGUUCUUCUACGAGCUCUCGUUCAACCCGCGCAGGGUGCUUACGUCGCCACCCAAGCCAAUGCAUAACGACGGGCACGAUAAUGCGGAGAGCGACUACAUCCUGUACGUCAACGACUGGCUCGGCACUGAGGAGGGAAACAAGUACCUUAUCCUCGACACGCUCGGAAAAGGCACGUUCGGGCAGGUCGUCAAGUGCCAGAACAUGCGCACGCAUGAGAUCGUCGCGGUCAAGGUCAUCAAGAAUAAGCCAGAAUACUUUCAGCAGAGCUGGAUGGAGGUCACCAUCCUCGAGAUGCUCAACAACAACUGGGACCCUAAGGACGAGCAUCACAUCCUCCGGCUACACGACACGUUCAUCCACGCCAAGCACCUUUGCCUGGUGUUUGAGCUGCUGUCGUCGAAUCUGUACGAGCUGAUCAAGCAGAACUCCUUUCGCGGCCUCUCCACGAGCCUCGUUCGCGUCUUUACCGCCCAGCUCCUUGAUGCGCUUUCCAUCCUGCACGACGCACGCAUCAUCCACUGCGACCUCAAACCAGAGAACAUCCUGCUCAAAACCCUCCAAACGCCCAGCAUCAAGUUGGUCGACUUUGGAUCGGCGUGUCACGAGAAGCAAACAGUCUACUCGUACAUCCAGUCGCGCUUCUAUCGCUCACCCGAGGUCCUGCUAGGCCUGCCCUACAAUGCCGCAAUCGACAUGUGGUCCCUGGGAUGCAUCGCCGCCGAACUCUUCCUCGGCCUCCCGAUCUUCCCUGGCACAUCCGAGUUCAACCAGAUCACGCGGAUAGUGGAGAUGCUAGGAAACCCGCCAAGGUACAUGCUAGAUGCGGGCAAGCAGACGCCCGAGUUCUUCAACAUCUACUCGGAUGAGUUUGGGCGCAAGUGUUACCGCGUCAAAUCUCUCGAUCAAUGGAUCCGCGAACACCCUAACCAGCAUGAGCCGGAGCAACCGAGCAAGAAAUACUUUCAGGCGACCACCCUUCCUGAUAUCAUCAGAACAUACCCCGGAUCGCGGAAAGCGGGCAAACACCCGGAUCCGGCCAAAGCGAAUCGCACCUCCUUCAUCGACUUUGUCUCUGGCCUGCUUAACAUGGACCCUCUCGAGCGCUGGACGCCACAACAAGCCAAGCUGCAUCCUUUCAUCACGGGGGACAAGUUCACCAAACCGUUCGUC